CUUGCUUCAUUGUAAGUAAAUGGGAAGAAAAUGUGUGCACAUUGUAAAGAGAUGCAUUAUUCUUUGGUGAGCAACACGCCACUUACUACAACGUUAUGUAUUUUCCAGAGUUAUUGUUAGCUAUGAGGAAGACAUUCAACGCUGACACAGAGGAGGGCUGAGUGUCAGUUGAAGGAAAGGGAGAUCUAGACAGACUACAUGAUGGAGCUGGGAGCCAGGUUGGCUCUGGUGAGACAGAUCCAGAGGGAGCAGGAGAAGGAGAUGAAGAGGAUUUGGUUUGAGACGAGGAAAAUGCCAAGCCUGAUUGAGGAGAAUGUGAGAGAUGUGACCAACCGUCCACUCACUGAGUUCAUGGCUCCCUAUAUUGACUCCCUCCCACCGCUGGCUUUCACCAAUCGGAGGCCUAUACCAACCAUGUUACAUCCCCCCUCUCCAUUGGCCAUACGCGCUCAGGAUGCACAGCGGUUUAUUGUAUUUUCAUACUUUGUCCCUGCUGAGUGCCCAGUUGCCACAGAGGCCACAGCAGAUGUAUCUACUGGUAAAAGAGAGGACUUAUUGACAGAUACACAUCUUUCCUCAAUGCUGCAUCGAUACCUGCCACACUUCUUGAAUGAUGACUCCAUUCCACCACAGCAGACAGUAGAGGGAACCACUGAGCUCUCAGUUGCUCCAGUAGCAAUAUCUAAUAUAAAGGAAGAGGACAGAUUCUAUACUUUCUCCCUCCCACCACUGGCUCAGCGGUUCUUUGGCAAUUCAUUCAGAAGUCUUCCUUCAGUGCUGCCUCCAUGCCUGCCACCAAUCUUUGACGAUGACUUCAUGCCUCCAGAGCAGACAGUAGAGGAUGCCUAUGAGGUCUCAGGUGCUACAGAGAACACUUCAGGCACAGCUACUGUUGAUGGAGUGGACAGAUCAACAGCUAAAUGCCCUGUCCCAAUGCUGCCUCCAAGUCUGCCACCUGUCUUUGGCAUUGACUACAAACUGCCAGAGGAGGCAGUAGAGGGAACCAACAAGUGUCCAGUCGCCAGUGAAUCUGCCGCUUCCGUGUCCGCUGUCCUCCAAGAGGAGUUUUCAGCUGAUAAGAGUCUUCCUGCACCCGCAGCACUGCCUCUAAGGCUGCCCUGCACCCACAGCAUUGACCACAAACAGCUAUGGGAGAAAGUUGAGGACAACACAGAGACCACAAGGAGCCAGAGCAGAAAGUGA